UGGCUGCAAUUCUUGGCAUAGUGGAAUGGGUGGAAAAGUUGUGCUAUUACUCCUUUUUCUUUUAGCUGGAGCCUGUUAUGGGAACGUUGAUGAAACCUGUGAUGCUGAAGGGAUCUGUAUUGACACGGAAGAAGAUGAAGGAGAAAAGGACUGUGGCUGUGGUGGCUCCUUGAGGGAAAGCAUAACAGAGAGAGAAAAGAAGUCAGUGGAAAAGGAAGAGAGUGAAGAGCCCAAAGCCCAAGCUGAGGAAAAAAUCCCAGAGAAUGAGUUGGUUCUUAUUCCAGGUGGUGUAUUUAAAAUGGGAUUGGAUAAACCAGUCAUUCCUGAGGAUGGAGAGACACCUUCGAGAUCAGUCACAAUCACUAGUUUCUACAUGGACAAAUAUGAGGUGAGCAAUGAUGAGUAUGGAAAGUUUGUAUCCGAUACAGGCUACGUUACUGAAACAGAGUCAUUUGGUAAUUCAUUUGUGGUGGAGUAUUUUAUAAGUAAGGAGGUACAAGAAGGCAUAACUCAAGCUGUUGCUAAUGCUCCAUGGUGGCUGCCAGUGGAUAAUGCUUCAUGGAGACAGCCUGAAGGUAUUGACAGCGACAUUAAGGGACGAAUGUCACAUCCAGUAGUGCAUGUAUCCUGGAAUGAUGCAGAUGCUUAUUGCAAGUGGGCUGGGAAGAGAUUACCUACAGAGGCAGAAUGGGAGUAUGCCUGUAGAGCAGGACUAAAGGACAGACUGUUUCCAUGGGGAAACAACCCUACACCUCACGGAGAGCACUGGAUGAACAUUUGGCAGGGAAAAUUUCCAAUUAACAACACUCUUGAUGACGGCUAUGCUGGUCCUGGACCUGUUGAUAUUUUUCCGCCUAAUAAGUUUGGUCUGUACAAUAUGGUGGGUAAUGUCUGGGAAUGGGUCUCAGACUGGUGGACUACUCAUCAUUCAAAGAAGGACCAAAAAGACCCAAAGGGGCCACCAACUGGCUCUGAAAAAGUCAAGAAAGGUGGCUCCUACAUGUGCCAUAAAGAAUAUUGCUAUCGUUACAGAUGUGCUGCAAGGAGUCAAAACACACCUGACAGUUCUGCACAUAACUUGGGCUUUCGCUGUGCUAAAUCUAUUUGAGACAAUAGACAUAUUAUAUAUUAUAUAGUAGAUUAUAUUGCUUCUAUCUAGCUUACUUAUGACCAAGCAGCUAUUGAAUUGAAUGGCUCUAUUGUUCAUUAUUAUUAUUAUUAUUAUUUCUAUACAUACAAAACCACAAGUAAA